CUCAUUCUCAGUUCUAUUGCAGGCAAAUAAAAUGAAAUAAUUUCCGUUCCAUUUACAGACAAAAAGGAAAAAAAGAAAAUAAUAAAAGUAAAAGGGGAGGAAAUUAAAUUGGAAGGGCGUCCCUCUAAAUUCUUCCGCAGGGGUUUCUCUUUCGCAGGGUGCCCAGCUUGUCGGGUUUCGAUAAUUCUGCAGACGUAGAUUCCGAAAUGGCCUGCAUGCGAAGGGCUGUUAUGGGCGGCCUGAGAAUCAUUAGAUCACAGGCAUUACUGGAACAAUCCUUGAUUUCUGCUUCAUCUCCAAUCAGGGCUGAGACCAUUCUGAGGCCGCCACAUAAUCGAUGGGUUUCACUUUUUUCAACUGAUGUCAAUGAUAGUGGUCAUCGGUUGAUAGAUAUUGAUUUCUCCAAUGAAGAAAGCAAACGACGCUUGUGCAACAGGUUAUUAUACAGGAGCAGGCAAAGAGGAUUCUUGGAACUUGAUUUGGUUCUAGGGAAGUGGGUCGAGGAGCAUAUUUAUUCUAUGGAUGUUAAUGGAAUUAAAUCUCUGAUUGAUGUACUCGACUUGGAGAACCCGGAGCUGUGGAAGUGGCUGUCAGGACAGGAGCAACCCCCUGAGGCAGUUAAAAUGAAUCCUGUGUUCUCUGCUAUUCAUGAGAAAGUAAUGAAGAACCUUAGCACUCAUUCUGCACCUGAGACACGGGCUGUCCCUGGGCAGCCAUGGGUGAGAGGAUGGGACGAUAUCAAGAAAGGCUGGGAUGGCCCUGUUGCAGGCAACCAGUAAGCCCGGUUCCUGCAUUUGGAGAAUGUAUGGGAUUGAGAGUGUACAGGAUAACCGAGCAAACUAUAACAGUAUACCAGAGAGAAAUAUUGCCAUUCUGAAUAAGAUGUGUGCAUCUGGUACGAACACAUUGGACUGAAGUAUGAACUAAUGGGUCAAUCAUGCUCAUCGUAAAGAGUAAUGAGAGUGUUCUAUUUAUUGUGGUAAUAAUGUGCCAUCAUUGUCUUGGUUAUGGUAAUUCUAGUA